GGAAAAAUGCUACUAUUUUUUAAUGCGAGUGUGGUUUUUCACUUAUAUUUUUUCUCUAGAACAGAUUGAGUUAAUGAGUUGGGACAGCCCAAAGCCUGAGAACCAGACAGCGUAGAAAUUCCCAAACGGGAAUUUUCUUCUGUGUUUGAUUUCGCUUCCAAAAAUGGAAGACGAAGCUGGACAGGGUAAAGUAGAAGAAGAACAUAAGAAAGUUUGCAAGCGUUGCAAGCAAUCAUACAGCCCCUCCUCUAAUACUUCUUCUUCUUGCCGCUUCCAUCCUUCCUUCUUCGUCUGUCGUCGUCACGACGAUCAGAAGAGGUACUAUGAACUGGGACCGGAUGACCCUCUGUAUGCUGCCAAGUUCUACGACUGUUGCGGGGCGGAGGACCCCAAUGCAUCAGGGUGCACCACCAGCUUCCAUGUUUCCUAUGAUGAAUAAUGUAUCGUUUUUCUAUAGAUAAAAGUGUGCAGAGAUUUCAUCCUGCCUCUGUAUAAUUUGAUUUUCCUUCUGAGUGGCUCUUUCAAUUUUCCAUAUCAUAAUGGGAGGUUUGGUUGUCUUCUUUUUCAAUUUUCCAUAUCAUAAUAUACAGUUUGGAAUGGUUGUUAAGCUUUCAUAAAA